AUGUCGCAGCAGAGAGUCCAGCAGGGCGGACGGCCUGGAGGCUCCCGGUUCGCACAGUUCAAGCUGGUGCUGCUCGGUGAAUCCGCGGUAGGAAAGUCCUCGCUCGUGUUGCGCUUUGUCAAGGACCAAUUCGACGACUACCGGGAAUCCACCAUCGGCGCCGCCUUCCUCACCCAGACCAUCGCCCUCGACGACAGCACAACCGUCAAGUUUGAGAUCUGGGACACGGCCGGCCAGGAGCGCUACAAGUCGCUCGCCCCCAUGUACUACCGAAACGCAAACUGCGCCGUCGUCGUCUACGACAUCACACAAGCGGCCUCGCUCGACAAGGCGAAAGCAUGGGUCAAGGAGCUCCAGCGCCAGGCCAACGAGAACAUCAUCAUCGCCCUUGCCGGCAACAAGCUCGACCUGGCCACCGAGUCCCCCGACAAGCGCGCCAUCUCCGCCGCCGACGCCGAGCAGUAUGCCCGCGAAGCCGGCCUCCUCUUCUUCGAGACGUCCGCCAAGACGAGCGAGAACGUGCGCGAGCUCUUCACCGCCAUUGCAAAGAAGCUGCCCCUCGACCAGGCCGGCCCGCGAAGCCUGAGGCCCGGCCAGCAAAGACAGGGUGUCAACCUCAGGCCCGAGGCCAACCAGACACAGGGCCCUGCAGGCUGCAACUGCUAG